ACAAGUACCAAUCUUGUCUUGCUGUUGCUGCCAGUUGAUCGUUGGUUUUUUCAUUGUUGAAUACUACCCAUAUAUAUCCAUAUAUUUGUAUGGCGCCUCGAGAACUAAAUGUGCUCAAAUUCUGCCCCACAGCUUUGUCAUGAUCCUCAUUACUGGGCAGCUAUCAUUCAUAUGCUUGGUAUUCUCUCAGCGUUAAUGGAUGCCUAUUUGACUUCCGCCGAAUGAUUGUCAUUAUAUGUGCUGUUCAUUAAAGAUGAUCUUUUUUUCCGCGUCGCUAGCCUUAUUCAUAUAUUUAACUGACAUGAGUUAAAGCUUACGUUGCAGCAGCAAUAUUAUGAAGCCUCUUGUCAGUGUUGUCUAUCACCUAGAAGGGUGAGGUCAGUGUCUUCGAGUUUGUUCGUAGCAACAUGUGGUACUGGGGCGGCGUCUUCUUGAGUCAAGUCUAAAAGGUUUCCUGUGGCUAUGGAGUCGAAGCGUGAGGAGUUCCGCAAAUAUUUGGAAAAGGGAGGAGCAUUACAGGCUCUCAACUAUGCGUUAUCUCGUCUGUACGAGAUGCAGGAGAAGCCCAAUGACCCACUAGCGUACAUUGCGGAACGUCUGCAGCAGUGUCUCGAAAGCGGCAAGUUGGAAGAAGCAAAAGAAGUGACGCCUUCAAAACCAAACGGCGCCCCGACAUCAUUGGCCGGAGGAGUUGCGGUCAAACUCAUCGAAGAUGGCACCUACGAGCCAUCACUCCUAAAUGGUCGAGAUGACACUAUAGAAGAUGACGGCACAAUGUCACGUUUGUGAAGCUAAAGGAUCAUACCGGUGGGAAAGGCGAAUGAAGGAAGUGUGUCAAGAUGUUUGAAAAUAGCUAAAGCGUCUCUUCACAUACCUUCGUGAAUGCGAGGAAGAUCGGGAAAAGUUCAAACAUAGCAACUCGGGUAUGAAUCCGUGACACGUGGUACUACUUCAUAUGAAGUUUAAAAUGUUCGAUCAAAUCAAGUUAUGACCCCCGACAUCGGAAGUCGCCUGCGAAUCCAUUGUAGGUAUUGGCCGGUCUGAACCUAAGUCGUUCAGUUAGCGGCUCCAGCUCUUCCUCUACAUUAUGCAGUCUGCUGGCUUUGAUUUAACUUCACAGGAUAGGAUCGUGAAAUAGCGAAGGAAGUGAAAAUUGCGAAAGUUUUUUCAGGGACAACGGAAAACAACUGAAGGAUUCAAACGAGGAGCAUUAAUAUAUGGAGACAACGAACUGCAAAACAAACAUAGAUCUAGUUAGCACCAACAGUGAGAGGGGAUGAGGACGAAACAAGCCGUUCUGACGAUAGUAUUCGCUCUGCCGUAUUAUAUCGCUGGAAGUUGAGCCAUCAUAAUACCAAUAGUCAACAGAUACGCUACAAAAAAAAAAACAAAAAACUAUAUGAAAGCAAGAGAUUGCCAGCGGAUCAUGGGAAAAACUCCAGGCCGAUGUAAAUGCUCAGUGUAUAUAGCAUAAUCUUCAGUAAGUAUGGACCCACUUUUGUUCAUAAAGCAGGAGUGAUUCUUCCUUUCGAAUGUGAUGAUAAGACGACGUUCGAAAAACAAAACGUCAACAGACGACAAUAUUCUACUAUAAUUUACUUUUCACUGUUCUUAUUAUAGUCCAAUCAAUAGAUCAAGUGUACUCUCUCUACUUGUAUAAAAUGAUGCAAGCUAUAUUUUGUUUAAAUACGAUGGUACAUUGAAGCAUUUAUUAGACUUUUCGGAUGUUGUGACGUUACGAUUUUUGUUGGCAGUUCUUGCUUAUCAUACCAUGAUAAGAAGAUAAGGUAAGAAGCUGGAGAAGACAGAACGCGAUUCUUUAAAAAAAAUUUGAAGCUGGGCUACGCUGCUUGCUCGUGACUAGUAUCUUUGCAACAGAAAGUAACACUAAUCGAGAACUACAACGAAAAUCUAUGAAAAGGUGUUGGAAAAAAGCGAUCCUGUUUAGAAAGAGAGCUAUACGCUGUAGUAAACUUCAACUACGAAGCGGCCUGGACACAAUGCGUCUAUUUUUUUUUUGUAAAUUAUAACUUAGCGGAUAUUUGGACUGUACUAUCCGAUUUUAUCAGGGUACGGUGGAAAAUUAACGAGAGUGCCGUAGGUAUUAGUACAGAGUGAUAUGGGCUAGCACCCCAGGUAGCCUACCCUACCCAGCGAGGUAAGGGUUUUAGAGUGUUUUUUUUUAUCUGUAUGAUUAUGGUUUUUACAUGUCAAUGUAAGUAUGAUUAUGUCAAACUACUUGGCUUGCCAUGCCAGUCACGAACGGUACGAAGACUCUCAUAGUAAGGUAUUUGUUCACAGUUCAUUAUUGUGUUGUAUAGGUUUUCAAAGCAGUUUUCUUUCUCUGCCCGACAAAGGAAGGGGCAUUUGUCAGAGCGUCGCCGUACAGAUUGCUACGCAUUUAUUUUGUUGCUCGAAAAAUGUAUCAAGUUGUGACAGGAGAAGGAAGAUCUGGACAUCAUUGAUUCGUCGCUUAUGGAGCUGGUUUGCUUGCGCACGCAUUAUUGUCAUAUAUCGAGAAUGGUGUGGGUUCAAUACAAUUUGCGCCUUAAUGAAGACUAGUAACAGUGUAAUUAGCAAACCGAUUUCCAUCCAUCGUACGGGUACGCGAGUGCGAUGGAUUGAUUCAAGUACGACGAUGAUAGCUCUCGAUUUAGCGGUCGGAACUGAUCACUUAUAACAUAACAUUUAAGACAACACCAGCAGGGUAUCUUUAAUGCGAAACCCCGCUGGGUUCGGGGUUUUGUUCACGCUGAAACUAACAUUUGCUUGAUUUCGUAUCGCCAUUAUCGAGCAACGUACGAGAUAGGUAAAUCUAUCGUACAUUAAGAAUACAUCCACUUAUAUUCGUCAUUGCUAUUUGAUAUUUAUUGAGCGUACAAUAGCUGUUGCAGAGGUCCUUGCUGAAGGCCAGUAGAGCGCGCAUGGAGACCUGCCUGCGUGAGGUGGCCUGUACAUUUCGUUGCUCUACGCAUAUCUAUAAUUUAUAGGAGUAUUGUACCAGCAACGUAAUAAUUAGCCAACCACGGAAUAGUAAACAACAAUUCUUGCAGUGGCAGCUUGCUGGGCUGUGUACUCCCUUGUUUUGCUAAGUGUAUUUCUUUUUGUUUUCAGUGUCUCGUACCGCUAUAGGUCGUGGUACAACUCUAUUACUAGUAAUCAUUACCAACGCAAUUGUUCCCAUCCAUGGUAAAGCAUUUUCAUUUGCUAGAAUCAUUGCCAAAUUGGGCAGUAGGGACUCAUUGAGGAAGAUUUCUUCGAGGUAACAUUUAAACACUGAUGAAUAUGCUCACACUCAACUGAUGACUGAUAAUAAGAACAAUGGAUGUGUGCGCGUUUAUGCGUGUUCGUAUGAAGUUGAUUGUGUAAAAGAGAAACUGUAGCCUGGUGAUUGAGAAGACUACUAGGAGAACGCGUGCACCGGCCCAAAGGUCAAGUGCUACGUAACGAAUGCUAAUGAAUAGACGAUGCAAUAGACGUGGUGUGAUCUGUAUGAAAGUCGGUAUUAUCCGGUCGAAGUUCGACGAUGACACAAGCGAAUAAAAGGGGCAAACACAGAAAAAGACGAAGUAACGUCAUCAAGUUCUAGUGACUAAAUAUAUGGAUAUUCAUUCAUCAAUAUCUACCCGUGAAAGUUAGCAUCAAAAAUCAAAAACAUCAUGUGUAAUAGCAUAGUUUGAGAAGUCCAUUAUGAGUCAAAUAGGCGCUGGAACUCGUUCUACGCCAAUGGGAAAACGCUCAAAACUACUCCGACGGGCAAGGAGGGAUAGACACUAUGUAUUCUCGAUAUUGUCACUGAAAUACAACUUGGAGCGCGGAUACACAGACUUGUUAGAAUAAGUAAAUACUUGCACCUCAAGCAAAGAUCUAAAAAUUAUAUUAGCAUUAAUAUAGUAAAUUAAAUAAAAUCUAAUAAAUGCUGGCAUCA